AUGUCGGCCUCGGCCCAAAACGAAUUCGACGCUCUGCUCGACCUUUCCGAGUUUGAUGCCAACUAUCAGUCCCCUUCGCUCUCCCCAAACAUGGGCGCCAAACCUACCUUUGCCAGCCCCAUUUCCGACAUGACGACUCCCUCUGUCUCAUCCAACACAACCUCGCAAGCCAUGACCGGUCCCAGUCACAACUACGACAUGUACCGUCAGCAGACCGGCUUUGUCCCCGGCGCCCUCACCAAUACUAUGGCUGUCAACCAGACCAACAACACUGGCUAUCAGGACUUUGGCCGCCUCGACUAUCUCACCAGCUUCUCUCCUGAAAAUGAUGUCUUUGACUUCAAUACAUCGCCCUCACAGCCUACCCUUCCUACUUCCGAGCUCGACCUGGACUUUGAUGCUUCCACUACGGAUCAGUUCUUCACCGUCAACCCCAGCAAUAUCGAGCAGCACCGCCAUCAGCAGCAAGCUUCCGCUACCAGCUCUCCCGGCCGUCUCUGGCCUGGUUGCCACACCCAGGCUGCCGCCGUUGCCAAGGCCCAGGCUCGUCAGCGCCAAAUGAUGCAGCAGACCCAGAGCCAAAAGGCUCGCGGCAAGGCUCCUCAGGUCAAUGACCCCAUUGUCGAGCAAAAGAUUACCCAGCUCCUCAACAACAUGCGCCAAAAGCCCGCAUCGGCCUCUGGCGAUUCCCAGUCUGGCUCUCUCAGCAUGCCUCGCUCAAAAAAGUCGGAGGAGGACAUGGACGAGGAUGAGCGUCUCCUUGCCAGCGAGGAGGGCAAGAAGCUCACCUCCAAAGAGCGCCGCCAACUUCGCAACAAGGUCUCUGCCCGUGCCUUUCGCUCUCGCAGAAAGGAGUACAUCUCGCAGCUUGAGAGCGAGCGCGACCACAAGGAUGACGAGGUCACCAGUCUCCGCCAGAGCAACCGUGCCCUCAUGGAGGAGAACAAGCGUCUGUCCGACCUGACCCGCAUGCUUCUCUCGUCGCCCAGUUUCUCCAACUUCCUCGACCAUCUUAGUACCAACUCGGCUCCCAUUCCUCAGGUCCCCAUCAAGGUCGAACCUCAACCCGAGCAAGAGCAGGCUCAGAUUCCCAAGGAUGCCAACCCCUACGGCAACCAGUCUCAGCAGCAAAUCGGCAUGGCCAUGAUUCCUGAGCAGAGCAUGGACUACUCUAUGCUUGCUCUUGAUGGCUACAACUUCCAGCCCACCGUCUUUGUCGUUGACACUCCUGAGAUUCCUGCUCCCAUCGACGUCAGCCUCCUUUCUGGCAAGACUUGCACCAUUGUCGAGUCCUUUACCGAGGAGCAAAAAGUCGACGUUCCUGUCAUUGAGCGCCCCGUCCAGACUGAGAAUAUUGAGCCUAGUCAUGUCACUCCGGUCGACGACAAGUUCGAGUCUGACCCCGAGUUUGCCCUCUUCCACGCCCAGUCCUCUACCCCUGCUGCCGAAUCCAAUGUCGUUUCUGAAGGUCUCUCUCACAUUGAUGUCUUUGGCGGCAUCGAUGCCGACAAGGCCCUGUCUCGCUUCGAGCUUGUUGAUGCUACGGAAGCGGAACAUUGUGCUGUCUACGCCAUGGCUCGUGUCCAGCGCAUCUCUGCCAGUGCCGAGUCUGUUAUCGCUAGAUUAGAACUUCUCACUCUGGAGUUGUAA